AUGACUGAAUUCAAGCUAUCCUAUGAGUCUCAACUGGACGUCUAUCACCCCUCCUACCGCUACGAAGCCCAUGACCCGCGCGACUGGAAAUCUGCCGCUCUCCGUGGCCCAGCCCUCCCCGCCCUAGGAAAUGCAACUGCCGGUGCAGUCGGCGCAGCCAUCUCCAAUGUGGUCGUCUACCCUCUCAAUGUCAUCGUCGCCCGUCUACAAACCCAGAAGCAAAAAGACAGCGACUCGAGCGAAAAAUCAGACGAAGACGAGAAUGCCGACGAAAAUUAUACCAGUGUGGUGGAUGCUGCUCGCAAGAUAUAUGCCCAGCAAGGCAUCGCUGGCUUCUACCCCGGUCUAGCGCAGGAUACAUGGAAGACGGUCGCGGAUUCGUUCCUUUUCUUUCUUGCUUAUAGUGCCAUCCGCCAGAAGAGGAUAGUCGCGCAUGUAGGUGUAGAGCGAGCUGCCAAGAGCAAAAAUAUUGUCCUCCCAAUACUGGACGAACUUGCCGUUGGUGUCUUAGCUGGCUCAUUUGCCAAGUUAUUCACUACGCCGCUGUCGAAUAUCGUUGCGCGCAAGCAGACAUCAGCGGCACGCAAGGGCGGGAAUGCGACAAACUUGUCAACGAGUGAUAUCGCAGCUCGUAUCCGCGCUGAGAAGGGUAUCUUAGGCUUUUGGUCUGGAUACUCGGCCACCCUGAUACUCACCCUGAAUCCAUCGCUCACGUUCUUCCUCAAUGAAUUCCUCAAACGGACUCUUCUUCCACGUUCGAAGCGCGAUAAACCCCCUGCAGCUUUGACAUUCCUUUUGGCGGCUCUAAGCAAAGUUGCCGCCUCGUCAAUCACAUACCCUUUCUCCCUCGCGAAAACAAGAGCUCAAGUAAUGAGCUCGGACUCUAAGUCUAAGUCUGGAACUGCAGAGAAGGCUCGGUCCUCCCUUCUCGCCUCUCUCACCCCUGAAAUACUUUCCAAUGUCGCCGCCAUCGCCCGCACAGAUGGUAUAAUAGGACUCUACGCGGGUCUUCAUGGUGAAGUGCUAAGAGGUUUCUUCUCGCACGGCUUUACAAUGCUCGCAAAGGACGCAGUGUACGCCUUCAUAGUCAAGAGCUAUUACCUCCUCCUACUGCUGGGACGUCGCUAUCCUACACCAGACGAACUUAUCCAGCGUGCCCGCGAACAGGCAUCGGAGUAUACAGAGAUCGCACGUGAAGGAGCGCGUGACCUAGCAGAGAGAGCAAAGGAGGGCGCGGAAGAGCUGCUGAACGCUGGUUCUGGUGGUAACGCUGCUGAUGCUUCUGGGAGUGCGCAUACUGGCAUUGAUGCUUCUUCGGGUCUGAAGGCUCACAUUUCAUCGUUUUCUGAUGAAGUCAAUGAGACCGCUGAGCUGGUCGGUGAUUAUGUUGAGGAUGAAGCGGCCGAGUGGAAGAGCCUUUAUCAUUGGUUUUGGGAGAAGGAUCGUGGGUCGCAUCGAGAUUGA